CAAAAGUGACUUCUCAGUAGCUCCGAUUUGGUAGUUUUGUGCGUGUUGUAUAAAAAAUGACUACUGAAACCUAUUCUGAUUUGACAUAUGAGCGAGGGAAGGUGUCAAAGCGAUCUUUGCGGCCAAAACUACUGAAAUUGACAGAUGUGACGAUACCGCACCGUAGUCGAAAAAAAAACAAAGUUAAGACAAAAGACAGAUCUACUACAACAGUUCGCGAAAGGAUAUACGAUGAUCCGGCCUACACCGAAGAUAUAAGCCACUUGGCGAACCCCAUGCGCCGCAGUAGCAUUUCCGGGAAACCGUUAUUAGAGCACAAGGGGCGGAUCGAUACAGGCGGCCAGUCCUCUUCCAGUAGCUUGGUGACAAAGAACCAGCUGAGCAAGGAGCUGCAUCAGAAUGCGACAGGGAAGCAGGGAAAGACCAAGAUACAGCAUACUACCACUGUAACUUCUGGAAGCGCCGCCAUAAGCUUAAAUUAUGACUGCGAUUCGAGCAGCACCGACAACGAGCAUUUGGAGCCAAUCAAGGUUGGCAUGACUCGCCGGGUGCGCAGCCUUGAGCGCAAUCUGGCCGCCACAGCAUCAGAAAGAUUGGAAAAGAAAGGAACGCAGAAGCGGAACUCGAAGCAGAAGCGGAACUUGAGCCUUGACAACAAUCGCCAUCUGCCAUCAGGUCACCCGCAAAGGGAAGUGGUAGCUACGGGUAAGCACGGUCACAACGCUGAUACCCGAGCUCGCAAGGAACGGAAUCGGAAACUUUAUAGCGAGGGCGCCCAGGAAGUUGCCCCAACGGAAGUAAGUGAACUAGAUGACGUGUACUCCGUCCGCAGCUCCGCUCAGGACUCCAUCGCCACUUUACCUGCAGAUUCGGCCUCCGACGCAGCGAAGGUUGCCAUUGGCAAACGAUUCCUGCGCGGCGAAAUUGGAAUUAAAAGCUUCAAUUACUAUCUGCUCAAGGAAGGUUUAAAGAGCUCAAAAAAACUAGUAGACAAACAUCGAAACCCGACUGGUAGUGAGGAGCCGCCUGUCAAGGCUGAGAAGCGAUAUUCCCGCAGCGAAGAGAACAUCUACGAGGAGAUUUUUUUUAAGGAAACCGCCAGCACGGUCAACUCAACGGUCACAGGCGCAACCACUGGCUUAGCAAAGUCCGUCGCAUCGGCACAAACUAACGACGAUUUUCACAACCAUCACCCUAAAAAAGGUGGCGCUCAGCCACACGGAAUAAGCGCAACCGGUGUUGGAAACGAAACCACUGCUGACGCUUUUGCAGGCUGCGAGAUCUGUAUGGAGCACUGCAGCAAAGACAACUGUGAGUUCUGCUUGGCACACCUUGGACCUGUGGCAGAUGGAAAGGUGACGGCGCCACAAUCCCAACAGGAGCUCUACAUAAACCAGGGACAUCAGCAAGAGAACGCUGCGGAACCACGGACAUCGUCUAAUGGUGGUUCAGGGAUCGGCUUGCCGGCCGCCCAUAUUUUGGAGUUUCAAUCGUACAACCCCAAUAAUCCCGGCGUGUAUAAAAUUGAGACGACCCCAGUGGCUAUAACAGGCGACUACAACCCGAUACUCCAGUUCCAACAGUCCUCAGCCACUACGUCCACCUCAGCUAACACCACGCCCAGUGAGCACCAGCAGCUGCAGCAACAUAUUUAUGGUGGCUACUACCUUCCGCAUACGCACCAGAGGACAUAUCAGCCGCCCAUUGGUGGCAAUCCAAUGCCGAAUCGCUAUGCUGUAGGCGGCAGUCUGCUCUUGGCCCAGGUUGCCGGAACCGCGCAUGGGUCUGCCACGCCUCCCCGUCGACCCCAGCAGCAGCACUACAUCGUGGGAUUCCAGAGUGGAGGGGGUGUGGCAGGUGCUGCUUCUCUGCAGCGGUUAAACACGAAGUCCUCCUCCUCCAGCGACUCGCUGCCGUAUCACAAAUACAAUACCAUGGCACGACUGGAGGCAAACGUGUUCGCAGAGCCGGCUACUGGAGACCUCUACUAUGCCGUCGGUGGAACGCGACCGCUACAUCCGCUUAUGUACGCCGCCAACCGACCGAUUGGAGGAUCCCAGACUCUGGUGGACCCAUAUGACCCCCAAAUAUACAAAAGCGACUCGAAAGCCUCUAUCCUCAGCGAGUUCUCCCUGCGCAGCAGCGAUAACUCCCAGCGGUACGCUCGGCAAACUCAUCGACGGCAUGGCGGGCGCGUCAGUGAUUCAAGUCUUUUUUCGGUGUAUUCGAACUCCGGCCAGAGGCGUUACUUUGGGAGCUCAGAAAGCAGGUUCGGAUUUGACUGUAGGCGCUGUAGCCUGGACGGUGUUAUUGGAAUGAGCUCUGUGUCUGGAGUGCCUGUGACAGCUCACGACAAGUGCAGCUAUUCCGACAACUGCCGUUACGAGUGUCGAAACUGCGACUGCUCGUCAAAUUACUUUAGCUCAGAUUUUGACGAUGUGUAUGGCUCCAUGGCGCGGGGUGGUAGCAGCGGUAUUCCGCGAAAGACUGCAGCGGGAACACUGCCUUCAAGUGCCCAAGAUGAGCCCGCCGAGCUCCGCCUGGAAACCGCACCACCAGUAUCAAUGGAGCAACAGCAAUGCGCACCUCCUCUAGACCUAAAACAGAAUAAGUACGCCCAGGAUUUUUUCAAACAUGUCAACGACGUGAAACGCAGCAUAUACCAGUCUGAAAUGCAGAGAAACAAUAGCUUGGAAUCUGCUCGUCGGGGUCCAAGAGCUGGUAGCAACAUAAGCAAUACCAAAGCUAGUCCCAAACGGGCCGUUUCUCAGGAACUCAGAACUGAGCCCGUAGUAACUACGCUUCCAUUAAGCAGGGGCCGUCUGACCACAGGGCCGAAGCCCACUCCGGCGCCCAGAACUAGUCUACAGGCUCAGACUCCACUGCCAGACUGUAAUGUGCAAAAAGAUCCCACGCCCAGCAAGCGCAAAAGUCAACCGACUGGCAGGAGAGAUUACCCUUCUUUGGACCGACUCCUAGCAUCUUCUACGGGAACUAUUCCAAAAAAACACAAUAGGACCACGGUGGAGACGGGCCUACAAAACCAAAAGCUUACUCAAAAGUCUGAUGCUGAAAAUAGUUUCAAAACUGAAGAACAAUUUCCGUUACCUGUGGCCAAGCGACACCAUCGUACAAGCGGAUCGAAGGCAAAUCAAAACAUACCCGGUCCGAGCAUUCGACGAAAAGACAUUCCGGCCCCUCCUCCGCCCUCUCCUGCUACUUAUUCCGACCUACAGGAGCUGAAAGCCAAUAUGGAGGGCCUUCAGGACGAUACUAAGUCGCGAAGCUUAGAAGGCGAAUCAUCAAAUCAAGUUCAAAAAGUUCCUAGUUGUCUAUCUGAUAAAAUAGAGGAGCUCUUAACUUGUGCGCCAGAUGCAAGUGCAGCGGAAACAGACGACAACGAAGUAUUUUAUGAUGCACGCAGCGAGGAUUCUGGCGGGGGCAUCUUGCCAUCGGAGGCCAGUUAUAUAUCAGAAAAGAGUCCGUCCCACAUGACGACAUCUACACAGGCACUGGGGGACAUCAUUGCUAACGAGAACCGCAAGGCCGAAACUGGCACCAAGGCAGCGCACUCGGCCAAGGAUGUCCAUUCCCCGCCCCCAGCCGCCCCUGCGCCCGAUUUGAGGGAGGCGUCUGCCAUCGCGGACAUACCGGAAGUGAAUGCCAUCAAUAAAGGCAGCGACGAAGCUGAGGCCCCGACUGGGAACUUCGGGAGCCCAGCUGGAGUGGAGAGCCAAAUGGACUCCCGUCGCCGCCCCCGCCAACCGUCGCCCCAACUGCCGCCCGAGUCCACGGACACUUUGGAGGCAAGCGGCGAAGAGACAAGCAAAACAAAACACGGGAAAAAGGCUCCGGCAGACGCAAGUGCGCCCAGGCAACAUGUUGCUCCAACAUGUUCGAAGGGGCAACGCUCCAAGUGGCGCUCCAACGCUCCAAAUGUUGCCAACGAAAUCUCAACAACCACCAACGCCAACACGACCGCCAGCAACAGCGUAGUCGAGCUGGAGCUUAGUUGCAAGACGGGCAACACGGAUAACGCAACGCCAGCGGUAGCGCACAGCAAUCAGACGCCUGUUGUACCUGCCGGUGGGACAUCCACAGUAACUCCAACCCAUUCCAGACCAUUGACACGCCAGGACUACUCCUGCCUCGACUCCAGCGAGGCGCAAUCGGACGAUAGUCACCUGACACGCGAUUCUAUUACCCGAGAGUCCCAGAACGAUGAGCUUUCUUCCUCGACAAUCGAAAAACUAGACGUUAGCACUCUACCGCUGCCCGCUCUUCCCAAGCGUCGCCGCACUCGCUCACGCACUAGUCCCUCAAAGCAUCGACAGCAGCAGCGUCAUGAUAUUGUCGAAGAUGGCAAUGCGGUCGAUGAAUCGUCCGCAGAAACAGUCCAAAACCCUCUCAAGCCACGACAGCGAGCGGUCACUCCAGAGUCACACAAGUCAGAAAUAAGCGAGCCGAAACACAACGCACCUGGCCAGCAGCAAAAGCAAUCACAUCCCCAACAGCAGCAGACACACCUCUCUGCCUUCCAGCAGUACGUCGCCAAGCGACGAGAGAGUCUCGAGGCAUCCAAUCGUUGUUUUAACGAGAAGCUGGAGGCCCGCAGAAUGCACUACCACAUUGGGGGCAGCGGCGCCAAUGGAAACGCUGCCGCCUCCCACUUGGCGGCUGGGUCCAACGUAGUUCCAACGUAUCUUUUCGGAGAACACUUUCGCGGGGUGUCCGGAUCUGGAAGAAAGUCUGUAUCGCCCAAUACCAACAAGGAGGAAAUAUUCCUGAACAAGUCUGGAUGGGUACAGGUUAACACCAAACGUGGGAGCAGCAAGAAUGACACCACUGGUGGUUGUCACCGACUCAGCUAUGGCCAACAAAAUGGUGAAUCGGUAUUUCCGGACAACGGUCACGAACGAAUUACGGCAAGGGCUAUUCCUCCAGACCCUGUACGUCGUUCAGACCUGGCACGGCAGUCCUUCAUUCAGCAGCACCAGCAGCAGCAAGCCAAUAUUAGCAUGACCGAGUCCAAGUUUGUCGGCUCCAAGGUGGAGGAGCUAAUUCAGAGAAACGAAGCGCGGCUAAGUGGUUACUCCCCCCGGGACCCUGCCCUUCGCCCGGGAUAUCGGAUUAUUGAUCCCCAACUGGCAAACAUCCUCAACGAAAGACCAGGUUUCUUGCCAGUAAAAAGCACCAACGAUCUGGACUCUCCCAUCACUCCAAUUCUUUCGCCGCCCCCCGCUUUCCAGGACAAUAGCCGAAGUGCACGGCAUCCGGAACGCCGCAAGCCGGUUCGCCAUCAGGGUCCUCUGCCUCUGCCUGUGUCGGCCCAGUUGGGCACUUCGCUACACAGCAACGGUCCCGCUAAGGGAAUGGUGUUCUCCAGGAGUUUCGAAUACGACAACCGCCGUCCCACGCCCACCGACAACUAUGCUGAGACCUUUUCCCGCAGCUUUGAUGGAAACCUGUCAGAACGGCCGCUGAACUUGGCUGUUUUAGCGGGCCAGCGGGAGAGAUCACCCAACUUCAGCACUCUGACCGGCAACUCACCCAACUACCUUACAAAGCGAGAAAGUGGUGGUGGCAGUAGUGGCUCGCUUCGCAGCCGCGACAACUCUCCUAAAUAUCUGCAUCCGCAAACGACGACGGCCUACUUAAAUACAGCUGUCAAGGAGGCGCCCCCUGUCUACAGUGUAGCCACCGCCAGUCAGGCCAAGUACUCUCCGCGCUCCCGUCACGAACGAACAGCUGAGCGUUCCAAGAGCCAUGCCCUUGGGCGUUCUCGUAAGUCCCAGUUCAGCCGUGUAAGCAGUGCCGGGCCACUGGCAGUACAUCCCAAUACUCAAAAUAUAGGAGUGUCGCGUUUCAGAAGCUUUGACACAUCCAAGAGUCUGCGCCUCAAUUCCUGCGACAGUGGCGCGAGAUCAGAUCUUUCCAAUGAUGAGCUGGACAACGAAGAUGGCGGUCUAAGCGAGUUUAUCUCUGCCGGCAGCCACAAGUUCCCCAAACUCGGUACUAGCAGCGUCAGUAUCUCCCCAUUCAAGAUACAACGUCAACGGUCUCUAACACCAGAUCGGAACGACUCACAUAGCUCGUCCAGCAGUCUGAGAAAGCAAAGAUCGCUGACCCCCGAAUCCAGGUCCUUGACUCCCGAGGAGCGCCGAAAGAAGGGGUCUCAAAUUUCUCUAAGCGGCUCCCGCCAGAACUCCAGCUCUAGGAGUAAUACGUUAGAGGUACGCCAGCGGCACGAGGAAAAGACGCAACCCAUCAUAUCGCGAAGCUCCUCCAGUUCCAGUUACAGUGGUGGUGACUCUCACGAGCCAAAUCCCUCCAAUGCCAACUCGACUGUAACUGCCUCGACCGCCGCUGCUGGAAGUGGAUCCACUGGUCAUCGACGUGCAAUGACCGUUAAGCAGGCGGAGCAGGAGCACCGGAUCCGACGUUCGAGAUCCUUGCAACUAACCGAGCGCUCUCCAAGUCGAACGCACAAAUCAAUAGUUAACGUUGGUGCUGCGACUUUGCAGCAGCAGGCGGCGGGAACUGCCUUUCAGCAGACCCGCUUCCCACCCUCCAUCCGAGCCUCUCCAUCCACAGCUAAGAUCCACGUCAACCCGGCUGCGCCACCAAGCAACUCGUUGAGAAGUCGGCAGAACGAGGCAGACAAGGCGCGCUCCUUCGACUUUGACUACAACAACUACAAUCGCAGUGCAGGGACAAAGGGAUCAGCGCGGAACGCUUACACAAGUGGAAGCGGAGGAGACAGUGGAAGCAACCAGAAUCUGCGGAUGGAGAGGGAGUCCCGAUCCUUUGACGACGACUUUCGCGAAGCUGUGCUCAACAACAACAACAGCAGCAACGGAAGCAUAAGCGGGUUGCGUUUUCUACAGCCUGUCGCCGAUUCCGGACACGUGUCUAUAGCUUCCACGUCCUCAUCCCGCCUACGACAGUGCAUUUCUCCCGUAAAUGCUUCUAGCAUGGAAGCGUCGCGUUCUCCUCAGUCAUCGGGAUCCUCGUCUAACAACCUCCAUCAGCCGGCGAGACAAUCUGGUAGCCCUCAGAGCUAUGGGACGCGUCUUUGCGACCACGAGCUGACCUACGAAAUGAUGCGAAAAUCGCCGAUCAUGAACUUUCGCCGAGGAGACAGCGGUGAUUAUGAACUGCCUGUAAUGCUGCGAAAUCGUGAAACCAUUAACUCGGGGGGCAACAGCGAGCUCAACUUUAUGAGCAACGAAACGCGAAUUUACGAACACCCGACCACUGUGCUGAAGUCGCAGCGCUCACUCCGCCAAAGCCCGGUGUCACGGGACGACCUUAACCUGGAGGUUGCUGUCGGAGUGGGUGGCGACUAUAUUUACAGGCAGCAGGCCAACCAACCGCGAAGCAGCAGUAGUAACGCAGAGUACCCAACAACGGCAACCACCAAAAGCUGCAGCAAAACUCUGGAAACCUGCGACUAUUGGCCUCGCUGCGCGUCCUGUCAGAAAAAGAGUGCUCCUGAAGAAAUCAAGAAAAUCCAUUCCGUGUCCACCGUUUCUAUACUUGAGCAGGACAAUUUGCAGCCCCACGUCACCUCAGUGACCGUUAACGAAGACCCCAGAGUCCUGGGUCCAAAACCCCAAGAAGUACAAAAACCAAAUCCAUCAUGGACCUUCUUGUGUAGCGGUAUUGCCAGUAUUUGCCAACCCUUCGAGCAGUUGGAAGCCCAGGAGAAUACGUCCCAAGUGGCGGCAGAGGAGGAUAUCGUUCUUAGGAAGGUCGUACACGACCGGUGCCACAGGAUGGGCCGCAGUCGGUCUCUGUCAAGUCUGAUGCAUCGGAGACCUCAAUUCACGGGAAUGCCUAAAAGCGGAAACCCUGGAAUGAGGUCAAACAGUAGUUUUGCUGUGGGUUUGUCACAGCAAAUUAAGGCUGUCUCCAGUCCCACGCUGUCAGAACCACUCUCGGAGCCACCGCCGCAAAAGACAGUUGAACGCACGGACGUGGCGGCCACAAGCAGCAGCGGCGGAAGUGGAGUUGUGGGCUUGGGCGUCUUGCAGAAAUUCAAGCGCACUUUGAACAACUUCAACAGCAAGAAUCAAUUGCACAUCACUCCAUUGUCCCCGCCGACAGCAUGCAGCAAUCUGACAAAGGCUAAAACAUCACCAACAACACCGAAUGUAUCCAUUCCUGCUUCUGCGGCGACAGCUGCUAGCGAGCCUGGGACAGAGGGUGGAGAUGCUAGCUCCGGAAAAUACCGAUUCGGGCCCCUCAUCUGGCGCACUUCCAAAGAGCGUCGGAAGACGAAAUAUAACCGACGCGACAAAUGCAAUUCCGGCGACUCGGGCAUUCAGAUCGAGCUCGAGCAGGAUGAGCAAUACUCCCGUGCGCUGGCUGUGAGUGUCCAACGAGAAACGACCGCUUCUGUUUCAACCAAUGGGACGUCCAGUGCCGGGGACUCCAAGGUGCGAUCAAUUCGUCGAACCAAUUCGGCGAAGACAAGCAGUAUCCUCGGACCCUUUACUGUAAAAACAAAGCGCGUCAGGGCUGAUAAGGUUGAACGCGAAGCUCCCGAAUCCCUGCCCACGAGAUCUCUUAGCCAGCCCAAUGGUCUGGAGUCAUAUGGCAUGGGACGGCCUGAUCUUGAAGACAGCGACAGUGACAGUGUCGCGUCAAACGAGGAGGCUAUCAGCUACUACCCAACCAUCUAUGCCGAAGUGCUCUACAACUUCACGGCCGGCGGUCCUCAAGAACUUGGCCUGGAACGGGGAAUGCUCAUUGAAAUAUUGCGCAAAGAGGUUGGACCCUGGUGGUUCGGCCGCAUUAAGAAGGAGGAAACCAAUUACGUGGAGGACAUAUUGGAGCCUGAGCUAGGCUGGUUUCCUAAGGAAUUUGUCCGCAUAAUUCACUGUCCUGAGACGGAUAUUUUCUUUACCGCGCAUAGGGCUGCUGCAGCUGAGGCAGAGACUGAGGCUGAUGAAACUGCAGCUCCUGGAGAAGAAGAGUCUAUUCCUGUUUCUGUUUCGACGUUCGUCGAGGACGCAGACGUCACAGUGACCACGGAUCAAAGCAACGUCACUCUUAUUGUCAUUGAAUCGCCGCCAGCCCCAAAAAUUCUUUCUAGUUCCGACCCAAUUGCCCAACUGGACAACAACACAAUCCUGCGUCGAAGUGCCGUUCGCGAACUGCUUGAUACGGAGGUCAAUUACGUUAAACUGCUGGCAUCUAUUUGCGAUGGGUAUCUGCCUGCCAUGAGCAAGCGCAUCGAUAUAUUCUCGCCGAACAGUAUUCGACUGAUCUUUUCCAAUAUUAUAUCAAUUUACAAGUUCCAGCGAAAGUUUCUCGAGGCCUUGCGACGCGGAAUUGAGCAAAACCAGAUUGCUAAAGUUUUUCUUAAUAUGCACAAAGGUUUCCUCUGCUACUCCACUUACUGCAACGCUUAUCCUAGAGCUCUAAUCGAACUAGAGACUUACGACCGCGUAAAAGACGCCCGUACCAUUUUGGAGAACUGCCGCGAAUCGGAGAACUUGGCCGAGCUUCCGCUUUCUGCCCACCUUCUAGCACCAGUGCAACGUAUCUGCCGCUAUCCGCUACACCUUAAUGAGAUCAUUAAGUCGGCAUUAGAAAAAGCGGAUGAGAUAGAUGGUGGCGCAAAACCAGCUGCCGCAAAGUAUGAACAACUUGACGUCUUUGAGCUGGACAUACCUGACUCUCAAGAUACUGUCAAUUUGGCGCUGGAGGCGAUGCGCGGCAUCACAGAGGCGGUCAAUGAGGGAAAACGCCACAGCGAGACGAUUGCAAGGCACCAGGCCAGCUUCCAAAAUUUUAAGGGACCCCCGCUGCACUUGCACAGUGCUCGCUUCUUCCUGCAAGUUGAUGCUACGCGUCAAAAACAGAAUCUUUGGAACAGCAGCUACACUUUGUUCCUAUUUGAUAACCAGCUGGUCUACUGCAAACGCGAUAUUAUCAAGCGCAGCCACUUCAUUUACAAGGGCCGCAUUUUUCUAGACCGCUGUCGCGUGGUGAACGUGAGGGACGGAAAGAUGUUUGGGCACACAAUUAAGAACUCCCUACGCAUAUAUAGCGAGUCCCGAGACAAAUGGUACGAUUUUAGCUUCCGUUCGGCCAACCGGAAGCAUCGCUUUCUUAGCACAUUGGCACUAGAGCGUCAGUUUGGUGGUAAAGCUCUAUAUGUCUCGGAGAUGACUGGUUUCGAGUACAACUACGAUGAGCGACCGGGCGAUUGUUCAGAUCAAUCUGACAACGAGGCGCAAGACUUUGAAAUAGCAACGGGGGCCAACAGCGGUGAGAGCUCGGCUCCGGAUUCACCGGCCAAAUCUUCGUCUCGUCUGUGCGAAACUUUGCCUAAAAAAUCGCAAUCUAGGGACGGCAUAUCUAGCACAGACAACGCUCAAAUAUCAUCAUCAGGUUCGCUAGGAAGACGUCAUUUUGGUAAUUGGUUCCGCAAGCCGAAGAGCGCGAACUGCACUCCGAGUCAGUCACCAACGCACAAGCCGGGCUUUGACGCAGACGCAACACUUACGGAAGCCCGUGUGGCUGCCAUGGAACUGGCCGAAGCCGCGGCUGCGCUAGUGCCAACGGAUAACUCCUCCGCAUAAAUGCUCGACACAGUUAUGAAUAAACGAGAUGUACUCGUUCUUGAAUACAUGGUAUAAAAUAUUUGUUACAAUAAUAUUAAAUUGCCUUUAGUCAUAGUAAGAUGUAGUCGAAUGAGUAUUUCAUUCUAAUUGAGUUUUUGUUAGUGUUACCCUUUUAUUACAUAUUGAAUUGUUUGUUUUUAUUUUAAAUUGUUUGUCCUUUAAGUCUCUGAACGUCUGUCAAAGUAUAAGCAGACGACUUACAGUAAAGCGCUAAUAAUAAUUUUAGAUUUACAAACUGAACAAAUAUAAUGUAUACUUCUGGCAUUUCAAUGCGGUUUAUAUACAAAUGUCGCCGACUGCUAGUCUAAAAACCUAUUACCUGUCCAUACUUGUAAUUCUAGAUUAUGUGAUAAGUCGAUAAUAAACAGCCGCAAAUUAUUUAAAAUUUUCCUUUUUGUGUUCGCUUAGAGAACUUCCCAAGAUGAAUAGAAAACUACCCACAGAAUUGAUAUUGAAAUACGUUUAGGAAACAUUGAUAAUUAAAUAUGGAACUUUUUAAACAAUAGAAGUACAUAUUCUUAUCAUUUAACGUGCAACGGUACUAAGAUUGGUAUUUGUUACUGUUUUUGUUAGGCCAAUCCACAAAGGCAUGUUUUCAAAGUAAAGUAUGAAAAACUUACCUAAAUUGAACUAUAAUAUUUAAAAAGGUAGUAUCGCAUUAUUAAAGGAACAAUAUUAUUGCAUGUAAACAAAUUGUCAUUACGAAUUGAAACAAUAUUGUAUUAUACAAAAAUUGGUUGAUUGUCAAUUUAAAGUCUAAAAAUUGAAAAAUGUUAACAUUACAACACACUACUUGCAAUAUGCAACAAAACUAUUGAGCGAAUUUAAUUGUUUCUAAAAAGAAACACGAAUAAAUCCCAAUAAUUUUAAAAAAUUUGCCCACCCAGUUGGCAAGAAAUAUAAAUUGACAGUCAAGAGAUAUAAAUUAAAAAAGCAAUUUACUAUUUAAUAGACUUUGCCACAAAAUCUAAUUGGUUUUUGGAAAAUAAUAAAACUUUCUCUGUAAAAAUAAUUGAAAAAUCGCCAAGGCAACAGUUCUGCACUAUUAUAUUACAUAUGAAAUGAAAAAAAAUAUAUAAAUUUAAAGCAAGGCUGAAAAAUCAAUAACGAACAAAACAGCCAUGCCAACACAGCUAAAACAAUAGCACCAAACAACUCCAUAUAGUUGAUUUACCAUAUAGUAAACUUGGGACUACUUACACAAGUAUGUGUGCGCUCUCCUAAAUCGCACCAGUUUGUUAAGUUUGAACCAGACAAACAUGAUAACUUAAAUAAUUGAAAAAAUGUAUAAAUGAUAACCUAUCGCCAAAACCAAUUGUACACCAAUGGCAAGGGUGUAGGGCAAGAGGAACUUAUGUAUAUUAGGAAGCGUAUAUGUUUCAGUGAAAAUACCUGUUACGCCAACCGGAAACAAAAAACCGGCCCUUAUAUACCCUUUAGCGACCACAAAUAUGCUCCAUAUGCCAAAUAAAUAAAUAUAUAUUUAUCCAUAA